AUGCGACAUAAACAGAGCGAGAGGUCGCUUAAGAAACAUAACAAUACGGAUUAUAACUUACAAAGUGUAGCUUCAAUUAGCGAAUGUGGGAGGCUUCACGGGGCGAGUGGCGACCGCCAUCUAGCGGGCGUCAGUGCCGCCCACCGCCGCCUCGCGCCGGUCCUCGGGCCUAGCCACAUAUCACUUAUAAAUAUGAGGCGUUAUGAUUAUGAAAAUAUGCCCCGCCCCGAAUAUGGAAUAUGGAGGAGGGGGUCUCGUGCAACGCGUGCGAAUGGACGAAGUUUGAUUUAUGAGUCGAGUGCGGCCCCGCCUCUCUGUCAUAACCGUGUACCUGGUGCGCGCGCGGCCGCCCGCCGCCCGCCGCCUCGCGCUCAGUCCCGCUUCAGAUGGCGAGAGGAGCGGCCGGCCGCACCUCGGGUACGU